AUGAUCCUGCCCGCGGAGGGGAUGAGCACCGCGCACCCGCGGAGGAGCCCCUCCCGCGCUGCCGGGGCGGUGAGGCGCGCGGGGGGGAAGGGGCGUGGCCGGCGCGCUCCCGCCAUGAGUUCGUCGGCACUGCUGGCGGAGGGUCCUCUCGACCCCCCGGUGCUGCUGGCAGACAUCAAGACGGAGCCCCCCGAGGAGCUUCUGGCCAGCGACUGCGGCCAGCCCCAGGCUGAGCCUGUGGACCUCUCCCUCAACAAAUCCAAAGUGACAGCAACCUCAGCCCCACCACCACCACCACCGCCGCCGCCACCACCCCCCACCACCACCUCGGUCCAGUCCUCCCCCGUGCUGGUGGCUCCUCCGCUGCCUGUUCCCACCACGGUUUCUAUCUCGCCCUCUGGCCUCGGCUCCACCUCGGCCAUCCCUGCUGUCCUCUCGCCCGGCUCCAUCCUGGCCUCCACGCAGGGCAGUGGUGGGCAGCAGAUCCUCCAUGUCAUCCACACCAUCCCUUCUGUCAACCUGCCCAGCAAGAUGGGCAACCUGCAGACCAUCCCCGUGGUGGUGCAGUCCCUCCCUGUCGUUUACACCACCAUGCCCACGGACAGCGUUGCUGCCAUCACCGUGCCCCUCAUCGGGGGGGACGGCAAGAACGCCGGGUCUGUGAAAGUCGACCCUAGCUCCAUGUACCCCAUGGACAUGAACAGUGACAGCGAGGAUAGUGCCUCUGAGAGCGGCCCAGCGCCUUUCCAGGACCUCCAGAGAGAGCCGGCGGCGCGGGGGCAACGAGCUGAAUCCCCUGACCUAAAGAAGAGAAGAAUCCACCAGUGUGACUUCGAGGGCUGCAACAAGGUCUACACCAAAAGCUCCCACCUCAAAGCUCACCGACGGAUACACACAGGAGAGAAGCCCUACAAAUGCACCUGGGAAGGCUGCACCUGGAAGUUCGCCCGCUCGGACGAGCUGACGCGGCACUUCCGCAAGCACACCGGCAUCAAACCCUUCCGCUGCUCGGACUGCGACCGCAGCUUCUCCCGCUCCGACCACCUGGCCCUGCACCGCCGCCGCCACAUCAUGAUGUGA